AUGACGACUAACAUUAUUACGAAGGUUUCCUUCAUUGUUUGUUGUCUUCUGGUUUGCUUACAAUUAUCAUCAGCAAAAUGGGCGAAACCUCGUCGCUUAGAUGUUGUUUCUCGUUCACAAAAUCGUCUUCGUGAUGAUCGAUGUAGACAAUUUAAAACCAUUAAGCAAAAUGUUGACCAUUUUGGUUUCAGUAAUAUGGAUACAUAUCAACAACGAUAUACAUUAAAUACAGACGUUUGGGAAAAUGGAAAACCAAUUUUAUUCUAUGCAGGAAAUGAAGGUGAUAUCGAUCUUUUCUGUGACAAUACUGGCUUCAUGUGGGAUAUUGCACCAAUAUUUAAUGCAAUGGUUGUCUUUGCUGAACAUCGCUAUUAUGGUCAAUCAUUACCAUACGGAAAUCAAUCAUAUUCAAAUCCUGAAUAUACAAGAUAUUUAACUAGUGGACAAGCACUUGCUGAUUAUGCCUAUUUACUUGAUUAUAUUCAUAGUUCAAUAAAAGGUGCUGAACUCAGUCCAGUAAUAGUUUUUGGUGGAUCGUAUGGAGGAAUGUUGGCUGCAUAUUUUCGAAUGAAAUAUCCACACGUUGUUGUUGGCGCACAUGCAGCCUCAGCUCCAAUUCUUCAAAUGACAACACCUUGUGAAGCAUUUUCUCGAAUUGUUACUCAAGAUUUUCUUCAAGAAAGUGCACAAUGCGUUGAUAUCAUUCGAUCAUCAUGGGGUGCUAUUAAUCGUAUUGGAUCAAGCGCAAGUGGCUUACAACGUCUUGGAAAUUUAUUUAAACUUUGCAAUCCUUUAAAAUCUGUUGAUGAACUAAAAAAUUGGUUACUUGACAUGUAUGGAAAUAUAGCUAUGGUUGAUUAUCCAUAUCCAACAUCGUUUCUAGCUGAUUUGCCUGCUUUUCCAGCACGAGUAUUUUGCUCAAAUGUAACAUCAGCAGUUUUAAGACUAAGAAAAAAUGACGAUGAAGAUGUUGUUCGACGAAUUAUUAAAGGAACAAAUGUUUUCUUUAAUUAUACUGGACAAACUGAAUGUUUUGAUACAGGCUCACAAGGUUCACCAAGUCUCGGUGAUUUGGGUUGGUCAUAUCAAUCGUGUACUGAAUUUGUUAUGCCAAUGUGUUCUGAUGGUGUCAAUGAUAUGUUUGAAAAUCAACCAUGGGAUUUUCAAGCUUUCUCUGAUGCUUGCUAUGAUCAGUGGAAAGUCCGACCACGUUUUGAAUGGCCAUACAUUGAAUAUGGUGGCAAAAAUUUAACAGAUUUACGCUUCUUUUCCAAUAUUGCUUUUACAAAUGGAAAUCUCGAUCCAUGGUCAUCUGGUGGUGUUCGUACUACAGUUGCUCCUUCUCUUCCAGCCAUACCUGUAAUUGGUGGUGCUCAUCAUCUUGAUUUACGUGCAGCUAAUAAAGCUGAUCCACCAAGUGUACUACAAGCACGUCAACAAGUUGUUGCACUUAUUGAAAAAUGGAUUUCAUAG